AUGGUGGGAGGUGGGGGCCACAACAAGAUGGUGGGAGGUGGGGGCCACAACAAGAUGGUGGGAGGUGGGGGCCACAACAAGAUGGUGGGGAGGUGGAGGCCACAACAAGAUGGUGGGAGGUGGGGGCCACAACAAGAUGGUGGGGGCCACAACAAGAUGGUGGGAGGUGGGGGCCACAACAAGAUGGUGGGAGGUGGGGGCCACAACAAGAUGGUGGGAGGUGGGGGCCACAACAAGAUGGUGGGAGGUGGGGGCCACAACAAGAUGGUGGGAGGUGGGGGCCACAACAAGAUGGUGGGAGGUGGGGGCCACAACAAGAUGGUGGGAGGUGGGGGCCACAACAAGAUGGUGGGAGGUGGGGGCCACAACAAGAUGGUGGGAGGUGGGGGCCACAACAAGAUGGUGGGAGGUGGGGGCCACAAGAAGAUGGUGGGAGGCGAUUGCUCAGAGAUCAUUAAUGGAAAGGAAGUGGUGCCUCACUCUUUACCCUUCAUGGCUCGACUGGAGGACGUUAAAGGUAAUCUAGUCUGUGGAGGGAUCCUCAUUAACGAGUCAUGGGUCCUGACUGCAGCCCACUGUAGAGGAAUCAAGAAGGUCAAUCUGGGUGUCCACUCGGUGAAGAAUGAAGCUAAGGCUUCCGGACAGCUCGUCGCCGUGACGAAGCGUGUUCCUCAUCCCGACUACAACGUUGCAGAGUUCCGCCACGACGUCAUGCUGAUAAAGCUGAAGAAACCAGUGAAGCUGACCGACACUGUGAAAGUCAUUUAUCUACCCAAGCCUGCAUCGGAUGUCCCGGCUGGGACACAGUGCUUUGCGGCCGGAUGGGGAGACACAAAGGAGAACGGUGCCCCGUCUGAUGUCCUGCUGUCUGUCAAUGUCACCGUGAUCGACAGGAAGAAGUGUAACUCUCCUGAUUUCUACAACUCCUACCCUGUCAUCACCGGAGGAAUGCUGUGUGCUGGUUACGGACAAGAUAAAGCUGGCACUUGUCAGGGAGACUCUGGUGGCCCGUUGGUGUGUAGAGAUGCGCUAAGGGGAGUCGUGUCGUUUGCUGGAGGAUGUGGUCGCGUCAACAGACCUACAGUCUACACAUUCAUAUCUAAAUACACGGACUGGAUCACUAAAACCAUCCAGACCUCUGGCUGA